UGUGCUUAAAACUUUUUCAGUGAUAAUUUGAGCGUUGAAGUGAGUUGCCGCUUUUUAACAUAGAGAAUUCUAGAAGCUUCAUCUCAUUCAAUAUGGCUUUAAAUGUACCAAAAAUCAAGUUCUAUAACGGAAAUGAAAUUCCAGCUUUUGGUUUGGGAACGUGGAAGUCGAAACCAGGUGAAGUGACACAAGCUGUCAAAGAUGCGAUCGACAUUGGCUACCGUCAUAUCGACUGUGCACACGUAUAUGGAAAUGAGAAGGAAGUAGGUGCUGCGAUUUCAGCCAAAAUUGCCGAGGGCACAAUCAAACGGGAGGACUUGUUCAUAACAAGCAAAUUGUGGAAUACUUAUCAUAAAACCGAGCUUGUCGAAGUCAACCUCAAGAAAACUUUAUCCGAUUUGGGCGUGGAGUACCUUGAUCUCUACCUCAUUCACUGGCCGAUGGCCUACAAAGAUGGUCCAGACAAUUUUCCUAAAACUCCCGAAGGUACACCACUUCUUGAUAACGUUGACUACUUGGAUACGUGGAAGGGCAUGGAAGCAGUACUUGCCAAAGGCCUUAUCAAAAACAUUGGUGUUAGCAACUUCAACUCUGAACAAAUUGACAGGCUUCUUAAGAACUGUAAAGUGAAACCUGUUAAUAACCAAAUUGAGUGUCAUCCCUACUUGAUUCAAAAACCACUAUCUGCCUUCUGCAAAGAAAGAGGAAUAGUCAUAACUGGUUACAGUCCACUCGGUUCUCCAGAUAGACCGUGGGCCAAACCUGAUGACCCAAAACUUAUGGAAGAUGAGAAGCUCGUUAAAUUGAGCAAGAAAUACAACAAGUCACCCGCUCAAGUUUUAAUCCGUUAUCAACUGGAUAGAGGCCAUGUUGUUAUCCCUAAAUCUGUUACAAAAUCUCGCAUCCUUGAGAACAGUCAAGUCUUUGAUUUCAAAUUGAACGAGGAAGACAUUGCGUACAUUGAUACUUUUGACUGCAAUGGAAGAAUUUGUCCAAUGACAGGUUGUGAACCCAGCCCGCAUUAUCCAUUCCAUAUUCCAUUUUAAAUAAAGGAGAGAGUAAGAAGAGCAAACGUUCCAAGACACUAACAGAAUAAUUUCAAAUUAUAUAGAUUAUCUCAGAUUCUGUUUCAUAAGUUUUCGAAAAUAUUGUAUCAGAUUUUGUACAACAAUCUUAUUUGUUCAAAAUAAUAAUUUAAUUAAUUUUAUUAUAUCUCAAUUUACUUGGACAAAUGAAAGAUGAUAAUUUGAUUGAAUAAAUUUAAUGAAUUUCUUUAAUAUACAAUAAUAAUCUAUGCUUGAAAUUUUAAACUCUUAUGUUCAUACAAUGACAUUAAAUAAAAUGUAUUUUUUCAAUAA